CUGAAUUGAACUAUUGUGAAUCGUUACUAAAAGACGAAGCAGAUUUCAUACGAUUUUUGGUUUGUCUAAACCAAAAUAUAUUAUUUAUCACCAAAUAAGUGGAAAAUAUGUAAAUUUUACAUUCAAAUAUUAGUUAAAAAUUGUGAAAAUAGUUUGAAUAGUGAAGUAAACUCACAACAACAAAAAAGGAAAAUGUCCUUGCUACGCCAGUGUGGCGCCACUUUACGGCGUCAAAAUACAGUGCAACAGCAUUUAUUAAAAUCGCUAACAAUUGGUGGUGGUCAGCGAAUUCCCAAUCAGUUGUUGUUGCAGCCAACUAAUACAAUUGUAUCAAAUAACACGGGUGCAGUGCGGUGCUAUAAAAAAUUUGGACACAAAGAAGAUCCCACACCAAGGAUAACGAGAUAUUUUCAUGCUUUCGUCGGUACUCUAUUUAUAUUAACGCUGUUGGACUGGAAGAAAUUGAAGCGUGCCAUUUUGCCCAAAGUUGAUGCUGAUGCUCCAAAACCAAAAGAUAUGCCCGACAAAAAUAAGGUAAAGAAUAACGAUGAUACCGAUGCAGAAGAAUCCGAUGACGGUAGCAAACCUGAUAUUUGCAAAGCAAAACGCGAUCCCAAGGAGAAAAUGGGCUUUCGUGAACGCAAGAUUAUUGAAUAUGAAAAUCGUAUAAGGCAAUUUUCUACACCUGAUAAGGUAUUCCGUUAUUUUGCCACUAUACAAGUACCAACAACCGAUGAUCGUUAUGAGAUUUUUAUGACACCACAAGAUUUUCUAACUAGUAUGACGCCAGGCAUGAAGCAGCCAGAGGGUUUGGGGCUUGAUCAAUAUCGCCGCUACGAUCCGAAGGUUGCAGGCGAGGAUGUUGCUGAGUGCUUGAAAUUGCAUUUGGCAAAAGAUAGUAUUUUCUACAAGUUGGGCUCGUAUGGUUUAAUUACCUUUUCGGACUACAUAUUCUUGUUGACAGUGCUCUCAACCUCCCGUCGUCACUUCGAAAUCGCCUUCCAAAUGUUCGAUUUGAACGGUGAUGGCGAUGUGGACAGUGAGGAGUUUGAAAUGGUCGCUGAUUUGGUGCGUCAGCAAUCUACAAUUGGCAUCAGGCAUCGUGAUCAUGCAGCUACAGGCAAUACAUUUAAGGGUGUUAACUCCGCGCUCACUCAUUACUUCUUCGGCCCGAAAUUGGACCAGAAAUUGACCAUACAAAAAUUCAUACAAUUUCAAGCGCAAUUACAACGUGAAAUCCUUACACUCGAAUUCGAGCGUAAACGUCCGAAUAGUGAGGGUCUGAUUACUGAGGUGGAUUUCGCUGAGCUACUGGUGGCCUAUGCUGGGUAUUCGCAUAAGAAGAAGGCGCGCAAGUUGAAGCGUGUCAAGCGCAAGUUUAAGGACAACCAAUUGGGUAUCUCGCGCAAAGAUUAUCUCGAUUUCUUUCACUUUUUAAAUAAUAUUAACGAUGUGGACACCGCGUUGACGUUUUAUCACAUUGCGGGUGCAUCGAUUGAUCAGGCAACAUUGAAACAUGUGGCCAAAACAGUGGCUAUGGUGGAUCUAAGAGAUCAUGUAAUCGAUGUGAUCUUCACGAUUUUCGACGAAGACAACGAUAACCAGCUGAGUAAUCGCGAGUUUGUCGCCGUAAUGAAGAAUCGCUUGCAACGUGGCUUGGAGAAGUCCAAGGACACCGGAUUCAUUAAAAUGAUGCGUUCGAUGUUGAAAUGUGCCAAGGAAACAAAGCCGGUGCUUUUGGAUCUUUAAACUAGCAAAAUAUUUGAGAUUUAGUGAAUUACUACACGACUGCGUUUUCUAAAAACUCACCCUUUUUAGAUAAUUAUUAAUAUUUGCCAUUUAUGUGCACUUCCUAUUUACUAAACAAGUUUCUAUAAAGCGUUACAUUUAACCUAACCUAGAAUUAUAUUUUUUUAAUUUAGUUUGUUUGUUCUAUAAUAAAUAUGCUUUGCAAUCGCAAAUGCAA